AUGGGUCCAAAAGCAUCGGCCACAAUCUCGUCCUCUAAACCGACGAGUAACCAAAAUCGACUGCCAAGAAUUGGCGGAGGACUCGCCGAAGGAGUUAUCGGAGGACUCGCCGAAGGAGUUUUUGUUGGUGGUGGGGGUAUUAUAGGUGAAGGCGGUACAUUUGGGGGUGGCUCGGUGGGAGGAGGUGGUAUUGGCAGUGGAGGUGUUGGCAGCGGCAGCGGCGGAGGUUGGAUAACUAUUGGCUAUAGCGAAGACAAUGGAUUGAGUCCUGUUAAAAGAUCGAGUCCACCCUUCGAAUCAGGAGAUUUAGGAUCUCAAAAGUCAUCAUCAUCAUCGCGACUGAGAAGAAGUGAAAUGGAGCGAGUUGUAUAUAGGAUUGGGGGAAACAAUCGUGGUGGAUAUGUAGCUGGAGUAAUGGGUGGUGGGGAAGGGAAUGGAAACAAGCAGAGAUCUGGAGCAGUAGUUGGUGACGAAGGAAACAGGCUUGUGGCCAAAAAAUUGGCGUCGAAGGAGGUUGGCAAGCUGUGGAUGGAGCUCUGA